AUGGCCAGCCCGCUGCUGCUCGGCGGCUGCUGCUGCUACGUCCUGGUGGUGGCCUGGUGCUGGGGGUCGGCGCCCCCGCCCACCUGGCCCCCCGACGGACCCCCGGAGGAGGAGUCGCCGCCGCUGCAGAACGAGGCGGACAAUCAGGAGAACGUCCUCUCCCAGCUGCUGGGGGACUACGACAAGGUGAAGGCCGUUUCCGAGGGGGCAGACUGCCGCUGUAAGUGUGUGGUGCGGCCGCUGGACCGCAGCGCCUGCCAGAGGAUGAGCCAAGGCGCGCCGCGGACCGAAGACACCUACACCGUAGAGACCAUCACCUCUGGCCCCGCUUGCAAGUGUGCCUGCGUCGCACCCCCUUCCGCCCUCAACCCCUGCGAGGGGGACUUCCGCCUCAAGAAGCUGCGGGAGGCCGACGGCCGGGACCUCAAGCUUUCCACGGUCAUUGAUCUGCUGGAGGGGGCAUUCUACGGGCUGGACCUCCUGAAGCUGCACUCGGUCACGUCGAAACUGGUGGGGCGGGUGGAGAGACUGGAGGAGGAAGUGUCCAAAAACCUGACCAAGGAGAACGAGCGGCUGAGCGAGAACACGGGGAAAGUCCCAGACGCGACCCCGACCGGGCCCGACCGGACCGGGGCCAACUGCUCUGCCGACGUGACCGGGGACAUGCCAGACAUCCGGGCUGCCUUGCAGAGAGAUGCCGCCGCGGCCUACGCUCCCCUCGAGGGGCAGUACGAGGAGCGGUUUCUUCAGGAUGAAACGGUCUCCCAGCAGGUCAACGCCAUCGAUCCCCCGCAGCCGCACCCCCCGUCUCCCUCCGAGUCGGAGACCCCCCGGCGGGCCCUGACCCGGCAGAUUCACCUGCGGAGCCGGCCGGCGUCCCAGCCCACGGUCAUCCGGGGAGUCACUUACUAUAAGGCCAAGGUCCCAGAGGAGGACAACGACAUCGAGGAGCGGGAUGAGCUCUUCAGCGGAGACAACACGAUAGACUUGUUGAUCGAAGACCAGCUCCUGCGACACCGCCCGUCCGCCCGCCCCACCGGGAGUCCCGCGGCCAUGGCGGAGGCCACCACUGAUCGCACCCCGGGGACCCCAGGUGACGGUGGCACCCGGGCAGGGCCGGACUCGACGGCCCCGGCCUCCCUGCAGCCCUCAGUGGGAGCGAAGCCAAACUCCACCGCUUCCCCAGAGCAACUCGCCGGCUCGCCUGGGACCCGUGGUCCCGAAGCCGAUGGGCCGGGAACGGCAGCGGCCCAGACCGCCACCCAGGAACCCCCGGGUACCGAGGUACCCAAGUUCCUCACCACCUUGCCCCCUCCCUCCACCACCGGCACGGGCAACCCAGCCUCCGUGGCCAACGACUCUGCAGCCACCGGGCCGGAGUCGCAGCCGGCAGAGGCCAGCCCCUCGGGGGCCCCCACACCGAGCGAGGAUGAGGAGGACGAAGAGGAAGAUAUCAGGCACGUGAUUGGUCGCUGCAAGGACACGCUGUCCACCAUCACCGGCCCGACCACCCAGAACACCUAUGGGCACAAUGAGGGGGCGUGGAUGAAGGACGCUCUGGCCCAGGAUGAGCGCAUUUACGUCACCAACAAUUACGUCGGAAACACGUUGGUGGAGUUCCGGAACCUGGAGAGCUUCAAGCAGGGCCGCUGGAGCAACUCCUACAAGCUCCCCUACAACUGGGCCGGCACCGGCCACGUGGUCUACAACGGGGCCUUCUAUUACAACCGGGCCUCCACCCGCAACAUCAUCAAGUACGACCUGAAACAACGCUACGUGGCGGCCUGGGCCAUGCUGCACGACAUGGCCUACGAGGAGGCCACACCCCGGCGGGGACAAGGCCACUCGGACGUAGACUUCGCCGUGGAUGAGAACGGACUGUGGCUCGUCUACCCGGCCCUGGACGACGAGGGCUUUGGCCAGGAGGUCAUCGUCCUGACCAAGCUCUACGCGGGCGAUCUGUCCACGCACAAGGAGACCACGUGGCGCACGGGCCUGCGGCGGAACCUGUACGGCCACUGCUUCGUCAUCUGCGGGGUGCUGUACGCCGUGGACAGCUAUGACCAGCGCCAGGCCAACAUCUCCUACGCCUUCGACACCCACACCAACACCCAGAUGGCCCCGCGCCUGCUCUUCGAGAACCGCUACUCCUUCACCACCCAGAUCGACUACAACCCCAAGGACCGGCUCCUCUACGCGUGGGACAAUGGCCACCAGGUCAACUACCACGUCAUCUUCGCCUACUGACCCCGCCGGGGUUGGCCCGGGGCCCUGGGCCCCCCUGCUCGGGCAGGCUGGGUGCCUUGAAUUAAAAAAACCAUGGAAAAAGGAGAAAAGAUAGUAUUAAUAAUAGUAUGAUUUUGUACAAACGGAUUGUAGAUCAAUCCACCCACAUGCUGGUCUCUGCCUCCCUCCCACGGUUCCCCCCGGCCCCCUCCCCUCUCCCCAAACCGGACAAAGGAGAUUUCCUAGGCCCUGCAGGAGAUGGGAGGGAGCAGAGGGAGGACAGGGUCACACUCCCCCCACUUCCCCUUUAACCACGAAAACUGAACAUUGUAUUGGACCGGCAAAAAAAAUGCCACACAGGAAAAUGCCUUUUUUAACAAAAAGAAAUAAAACAGAAUGA